AGGGACAGAGCGCCCAGCUGACUCUCAGUAUCUCGCCUCCCAGCGAUCAGACAGGAGUGUCCGCAGCCAGAAGUUUAAUGUGCGGCCCGACAUGCCACCUCACAUGGAUUACUUUUACCACGAGUCCCGAGUCCCUUCCGCUUGCGGGCUGACCCGGGAGGACGAGCUGGAGCCCGGCGUCAUCAGCUGUAUGCUGGUCGGGGACGGAGCCGUCGGGAAGACCAGCAUGAUUGUCAGCUACACCUCCAACGGUUACCCGACAGAGUACAAACAGACAGGCUUUGACGUCUUCUCCGGUCAGGUCCAAGUAGAAGGAUCUCCGGUCAAAGUUCAGCUUCUGGACACUGCUGGACAGGAGGAGUUUGAUGAGUUCAGGGCUCUAUCCUAUGCCUACACGGAUGUCUUCCUCCUGUGCUUCAGCAUGGUCAACCCCACCUCAUUUCACAACAUCACCAAGAAGUGGGUCCCAGAGAUCCGGGCUUAUAACCCGUCUUCGCCCAUCAUCCUUGUCGGUACCCAGUCGGACCUCUUGCUGGACGUGAACGUCCUCAUCAACCUGGACAGAUCUAAUGUCAAGCCAGUUCUGAGCUCCCGGGCCCAGAGCAUGGCGGAGAAGAUCAGGGCUACAGACUACGUUGAGUGUUCGUCACUCACGCAAAAGAACUUGAAGGAGGCAUUUGAUGCAGCCAUCUUUGCCGCCAUUAAGAACAAAGCUCGCAAGACCAAGAAGAGGAGGUUUUCUGACAGGCGCACCAAAGCUUUCUCCAGGUGCAGCUGGAAGAAGUUCUUCUGCUUCAUCUGAACACAGACUGUUAACCCUGUGGGUUAUGGACAAAAAAUUAAUUUAUUUUAAUUCUUUACUUUCACUUGAUGUUACAGGACACAUCUGUGGUAGUUUAGCAUCUCCCCCUGCUAGGUAUAUGGCUUAUUUUACUCUGGGAUGCCAAAUGGUGUACGAGAAACAAGACAUGGACACAGUGAGCAUUGGGAACUAACAUCAGUGGAGACAGCAGAGAAGAUUCUGGGUCAUUCUCAGCCAUGGUCUGGUUUCACGCUCUAUCAGAUAGACCUCAGGGCAGCAGUAUUGUUUACAUUAUAUUCAAAUGAAUCAUUUUUACAGAGCAACAGAAGCUACAUAGAUUACAUAUUUAAAAGAAAAAGUAUGUCCGUGCCGAACGUGUGUGUGUCACUGGUGAGCCAUUUGAGAGAAAAGGGCAGUGAAUUGAGUCUUCAGAGGAGGUGAACAUGUCAAGUUAACUUGCUGAACGUGCAUCCACAGAGAGAAAAACCAGGCCGUCAUGUAAAUGCUAUGAAUUUGCAUGGUAAGCUUUGCAAACAGCUGCAGCCUUUUAGUGUAAGCAAGAGAGAAACAGAAAGUGUCGGGGCUACAUUUGAGCAGAUGGGCGUUAGCCACUUGUCUGUUGUAUUUUUGCAGUCUGGCUGCACCACCUUAUUUAUAUGUAACAGCUGCAAGUUCAGGUUGCAGUGUGAGGUGCCACAUUCGUACCUGUGUGUGAAAGCUCCCCUGGCUGGUUUGGGUGAGUAGUUUCUAGCCCUCAAAUUAAUCAACUGGCAAUCCUAUCACCCCUAACAUUCAUUUUGAUUAGAAUUUUACCCACUCUUUUAACAUUUAUGAAAAAGAAGUCCAUAGCAGGAGUAUUUUUGCUUCUGACAAAUCAGAAACAAAUGGAUUUCCUUUGUUUGAAUCUUCAGAUUGGCACAGGAACUUGUUUGAAAAGCCUCUUGUCUGAUGUGAAAGGUUUCAUGGGAGCAGUAGCCUUUGGCUUUUUGUUCCUCUCUCUCAUCGAUCUGCAUCUGUAAAAGCAAGCACUGCAGGAGUCUUGACUUCCACCCUGCAGAUCCUCCCACCACCUCCAACAUCAGCCUGGCUUUUUUUUUCAUACACCCCUCUUUGUUUAUAUGCUCAAUACACUCCUUAUCUCCUGAAUAGCCCAGUGUGUAGUUAGAGUGUUAGUUAGAUUAUGUUAAAAGGCCUCUGUGUGAAUGAAAGUGUAGGUGAUACACUUUUUUUAAAGAAAAAGCUUUGUGCUUUUGACAUCUGUACAAAAGAAAUUCAUAUUUUGCAAUUCAGUGUAUUGAUAUCUGGUGGAUAUACAAUUGUAUAUAUGUGACCAGAACCAGGGCAAGGCUUUACUAUGCUUCUUGUGGAAGUAGGUUUAAUGUAUAUUCUAUUCUGUUUGUUAAAACAGUUCAUUUGUUAUGUUUAUGUUUAUGAAAUAUUAGAUAACACAUAUAUUUUAAAUGCAUUUAUGUACUCCAUAAACUGUUUUUGGUAAAUCACUGUCCAUUCUUCUCGCCUAUCCUUUACAUGUCAGAGUGAUGUGAUGCAAAUAA